AUGGCAGAUGACAGUUGCUCCUCGGCCUCCUCCUUACCCGACUUGGAGCCGGUGGAGCUGGCCCCGCAGCCCGACCACGUCCGUCCCGAGACAUCGCAGCACGGUGGUGCGACCGAUGGGCCGCACAUCUUGAAGCUUCUCACGGGAGAUGCGUUGCACGGCCAGAAGGAAGCGGAUCCAGCGUCCAUCUGGGAUGAGGAGCCUCAAGCUGCUUUCAGCCAUUGGGAGACCGAAGUCAAGGAGGAGACCCGACGGCUCAUGGCCCAAACCUGUCCGGAUGAGCUUUGCGAGAGUGAGCUUUACGGCUAUCCCAAAUGGCCGCCGGAGAUGAAAGAUCCGCAGUACUUCCGGAACGAGCUGAUGAAGAUGAGAAAUGACCCCCGUCAGAAUCCGAACCAUGGGCGCUCCAUGGAGGACCAAGAGUUUUGGAAUGAGGCCGCACGACUGCCAUGGGCCAAAGUGCUCUUGCGAAAGGAGCAGUUUUGGACGGAGCGGCGGAACGCGUGGCUGCAGCAGUAUGGCAAAGUGAUCCGUGGAAAUCGAGGACGGCUUCAAGUCGCAGAGCAGCUGGAGGAAUGUUCCAUGGAACUGAAGCGUCUUGUGACCCCGGUGCUUCACUAUCGCGUGGUGGAGGGCUUGCUGGUGACCGCCCUGGAGGAAGCCUGCGAGCUAGAGCUCCACUUAUCUGACUUUCUCGAGGGCCCUGGCCGUCCACUCUGCUUGGAGCUCCUCGCUGCCUGCGAGCGCUUGAAGCAUGAGCCGGAAAAGCAGGCCCAGAUGAUGCAGGAGGAGUUGGACGGUCGCCUGCGCGAGGCGCAGGACGUGGCGCUGAAGGAACAAGAACAGCAGCUGCGACAGCAAGCGCGAACCAUCAUUGAUAUGGAUGGCCUUCGAAUUGCCUUGGAGUAUGGGCAGAAGUGUCGGAAGGAUGGGCUUGUGGAGUAUCACAGAGGCAAUUGGGAUGAAGCCUUACACAGCUGGAGGCAAGGUGACUUGGCCUUGCGGCGCUUUCGGGCUCCCUUGCGGUGCGAGGUGGAGAACGGGAUGCUCCGCGAGCUGCAUGGCUCAGUCUUGAGGAAUCUCUCGCAGGCGGCGCUGCGUGCGGGAUGCUACCAGGAAGCCUUGGACGCCUCCGAGCGCGCCAUCGCGUUGCAGGGUGGUCGAGGUUUGACCGAAGAGAACGCUCCCUGGGAUGUGCUUGGUGUUGGCUUGGAAGCAGCUGGCGAAAUUGAUGUGAAGGCAUGGUUCCGGCGACAUGUGGCUUUGGAGGCGCUGGGCCAAAUGCAAGAGGCCGCCUCAUGUCUUCAAUACAUCGAGGAGGCUGCAAUGGGCCGGGCAGAUGGCGAGCGAUUGCGCCAAGACUGUCAACGCUGCCGAGAUAAGUUGCGGCAGCGGCAAAGCCGAGGAAAAGAGGAAGAGCGACGCAUGCUACAGCGAAGCCUGAAAUCCGGUGUCUUCAGCCAGCAACGAGAUGGAUGUGAGCAAGCCGGAUUUCAGGCACCAAGGACAGAGACGCUCAUCCCCGAAAGCUCUGCAGCCUCUGCUGAACCCAGAGGCAGGCGCACUGUUCCUAGCAACUUACGAAAUCUUGUGGUCAUGGCCAAAGAUUUGCUGGUUUGA